GCAGAAAGUAAUCUAAAAAGACACAUGAAAACACAUACUGGAGAUAAGCCUUAUAAAUGUGAUAUAUGUGCUAAAAUAUUUUUUAAGCCUAGCUGUUUACAGAUUCACAUGAAAGUACACACAGGUGAAAAAAACAAUGAUUGUAAUGUAUGCGGUAAAGGGUUUAGUCAUUUGUGUGAUUUACAGAGACACAUGAGAAUUCACUCAGGUAAUAAACCUCAUGAGUGUGAUGUAUGUAGUAAACGGUUUAGACAGUUAGGUCAUUUACAGAGACAUAUGAGAAUUCACGCAGGUGAUAAACCCCAUGACUGUGAUAUAUGUGGUAGAGGGUUUAGUCGGUUUGAGAAUUUACAGAGACACUUGAGAACACAUACAGCUGAUAAACUGCAUGACUGUGAUGUAUGUGGUAAAAGGUUUAGGCAGCGUCAUGAAUUACAGAGUCACAUGAAAACACAUACAGGUGAUAAACCUCACGAGUGUGAUGUGUGUGGUAAACGGUUUAGUCAGUUAGGUAAUUUAAAAAGACACAUGAGAACACAUACAGGUGAUAAACCCCAUGACUAUGAUGUAUGCGGUAAAGGGUUUAGUCGCCUUUAUUCUUUACAGAUACAUAUGAGAACACACACAGGUGAUAAACCUCAUAAAUGUGAUGUAUGUGGAAAAGGGUUUGGUCAGCGUGGUCAUGUACAAAAUCACAUGAGAAUACAUACAGGGGAGAAACCUUUUAUUCGGAGAAGACACAUUCUGAAGAUAACGUUUAAAAUUAGGAUGAAUAUGGUGCAGGAUAAGGUGAUUAAUCAAAAUGAUUCCUCAGAGACGGGUAUUGGACAACAGGAUGAUUCUACUGUUGUUGAAUGUCAUAAAUGUGAUGUUUGUGCUAAAGAAUUUACCAAAGAAAAUUACCUAUCGAGUCACAUGAAAAUACAUACUGGUGAACAAUGCCAUAAAUGUGAUGUGUGUGCUAAAGAAUUUACCAACAAAAAUUACCUCAAGAUUCACCUGAAAACACAUACUAGUGAAAAAUCGCAUAAAUCUGAUGUGUGUGCUAAAGCAUUUAGUCAAAGUUUUAACUUAAAGGGACACAUGAAAACAAAUACUGGAGAACAAUGUCAUAAAUGUGAUGUAUGUGCUAAAGAAUUUACUCAAAGAAAUUACCUAAAGAGUCACAUGAGAACACACACUGGUGAACAAUGCCAUAAAUGCUCAGUUUGUGAGAAAGAAUUUACUCGAAGAUGUUACCUAACGUAUCACAUGAAAAUACAUUCAUGUACUGGUUCACAAUGUUAUAAAUGCGCAGUUUGUGCCAAAGAAUUCACUGUAAAAAAUUACCUAACGAGACACAUGAAAACACAUACUAGUGAAAAAUUGCAUAAAUGUCAUGUAUGUGCUAAAGCAUUUCGUCAAAGUCUUUAUUUGAAGAGACACAUGAGAACACAUACUGGAGAUAAAUCUUACACGUGUAGUGUUUGUACGAAAUGUUUUUCUUGGCCGCAACAUUUACAGUUUCACAUGCGCACACAUACAGGUGAAAAACCUUAUGCAUGUGAUGUAUGUGAUAAACGGUAUAGUCUUAAUCGUAAUUUGCAAAUUCAUAUGCUAACACAUUCAGGUGAUAAACCUCAUGUCUGCAAUGUAUGUGAUAAAGGGUUUGGUCAGCUUGGACAUUUAAAGAGGCACAUGAAAACACAUACAGGUGAUAAACCCCAUGUCUGCAAUGUAUGUGGUAAAGGGUUUAGUCAGCAAUGUCAUUUACGACGUCACAUGAGAACACAUACAGGGGAUAAACCUUAUGAUUGUGAUGUAUGUGGUAAAUGUUUUAGUGGCCUUCAUAUUUUACAGAUUCACAUGAGAACACACACAGGUGAAAACCCUUAUGUUUGUGAUUUAUGUAGAAAAGGGUUCCGUCGACUUCGUGAUUUGCAGAGUCACAUGAGAAUACACACAGGUGAAAAACCCCAUGAUUGUGACGUAUGCGGUAAAGGGUUUAGUCACCUUCAUUCUUUGAAGGAUCACAUGAGAAUACACACAGGUGAAAAACCUCAUGAUUGUGACGUAUGCGGUAAAGGGUUCAGUCGACUUUGCGAUUUACAGAGUCACAUGAGAAUACAUACAGGUGAAAAACCUCACGAUUGUGACGAAUGCGGUGAAGGGUUUAGUCACCUUCGUUCUUUGAAGGAUCACAUGAUAAUACACACAGGUGUAAAACCUCAUGACUGUGACGUAUGCGGUAAAGGAUUCAAUCGACUUGGCGAUUUACAGAGUCACAUGAGAAUACAUACAGGUGAAAAACCUCAUGACUGUGACGUAUGCGGUAAAGGGUUUAGUCACCUUAGUUCUUUACAUGAUCACAUGAGAAUACACAGGUGAAAAACCCCAUGACUGCGACGUAUGCGGUAAAGGCUUCAGUCGACUUGGCGAUUUACAGAGUCACAUGAGAAUACAUACAGGUGAAAAACCUCAUGAUUGUAACAAAUGCGGUGAAGGGUUUAGUCACCUUCGUUCUUUACAUGAUCACAUGACAAUACCCAGGUGAAAAACCCCAUGACUGUGACGUAUGCGGUAAAGGGUUUAGGCGAUUUGCAGAGUCACAUGAGAAUACAUGAACUUCAAGGCGAUAAACCCCGUUCCUGUGAUGUAUAUGAUAAAGCCUUUACUCGGCCUUGUAGUUGAUAACCAAACGAGAAAACGUACAUAUGACAAUUAUAGUAAAACUCAAAACUUGAACGCAUUGGAAAAAUAGUUUAGUCCCAUGGUUAUAAACAAAUUCAUGAAGAUAUUUUUGGAAAAGUAAAAAAAUUCCAACAAAAG